UUUUUUUUCCGAGGCAGCUGCCUCGGUUGCCGCAAUGGAAGCCACGCCACUGAACGCUCUACCACUGAGCUACCGCGACCACAGAGGCUCGAGAAUUUACCUCAUAUGAAAUGGAAAAGGUGACUGUUUUCAAUUAAUGAUAGAAUCUAUAUUGAAAAUAUACAGAUAGAAGUUGACUCCUUUAUGGCACAACGCUAGGAUAUUCAAUGCUUUGUAGUUGGAUAUGGAAUUUAUUUCACGAGUAAGACGGUUUUUUAAAAAUAUAUAUUCACGAGUGCGAGGCUGGUGAUUAGUCGUUGCCAUUUUGGCAUUUGCGGUUUUAUGUCAUUUUUAGACCCCCGUACAAAGAGUCACUUUUUGACUUUGAUCAUGCCGGUGGAACUCAAGGAUGUCGCUCUUCUGGCGGGAGUGAGCGUAGCACAUUCCUGGCAGCUGAUCAGAUUUGCAAGGAGAGUUGGAGCUGCCAGGGGCAAGUUUAAGGUUGAAUUUCCAGCAACAACUGGCAAUGAGGAUUUUGAAAGAUAUUAUCGAGCUCAGAUGAAUGCUUUGGAAUUCUACCCAAUCUUUUCUACUACGCUAUGGAUGGGAGGUCUAUUUUUCCAUCAAGUUCCUGCUGCCAUUGCUGGUGUUAUUUAUAUCUAUGCCAGGAACAAGUAUUUCGAUGGCUACAUCAUCAGUGUCAAAGAUAGGAUCCCGGGAUUCAAACUUUCAGUGAACUGUCUUAAAUCCCUUUUCUUAAUGUUUGUCCUGGGAGCUGGUCAUAUGGCUGUCGAAAACUUUACUGGGAUCAACAUUAGAGAACAAUACCUACAGCAAUACCUCAAGUUCUGAUUCAAUCAAGAGAAUCCUGACUGACGAUGGAUUUACAAAAAUGUGCCAUUUCAUGAGCAAAUUGUGAACAGAUUUUUAUUUUUGGUGAUAAAUAAAGCAUCUUUAUUUAUUUUU